AUGGCCUUCAAUGGAGCGUGGCAGAUGUACUCCCAGGAGAACCACGAAGAAUUCUUCAAAGUCUUGUCUGUGCCAGACACGCUCGUUCGCAUCAUGCGGGACGUGAAGCCGGUGACGGAGAUCGAGCAGAAUGGCGAGGACUUUGUGGUGACGGUGAAGACGCCGCUGCGCUCCACCUCCAACUCGUUCACGCUGGGGCGCGAGAGCAUCAUGAACACCAUGGACGGCAAGAAGCUCAAGUGCAUGGCGCGCAUGGAGGACGGAAAGCUGAUCUGCACCACGGACAAGUUCACCCAUGUGCGCGAGGUCCAGGGGGAGGAGAUGGUGGAGACGAUGACAGCUGGCGCUACAUCCCUAAUUAGACGAAGCAAGAAAAUCUGAGCUGGAACAUAGUUUGUUUAUCUGUCGAGUGGUGGCUAUUUUUGAAAGCCUUCAUAUAUAUUUCCUUAAAAAUGUCAUCCUGUUCUGUCAACCCUUUAUAUUUCUGAAUUGUACUCUUCUAAAUAUGACUUUUUUUAAUGGUUAAUAAAUUCAAUAA